GUCAUCGUUAGUGCCGCUAGCAGAAAAAUAGUCAUCAUUGGAUAUUUUCAAAAAGCGAUUGGCAACACUUUGCAUGUAUGCGGAGACAGCUGUUUGAGACUAGUAUUUAUAGUUAGUUAUUACAAAGGGACAUAUCUACAAUUCUGUUGAGCUGCUUACACGCUCAUGCAGUCCAUCACUUGUUGUAAGCGGUCAUUGCCGCUCGUGCUCAGAAAAACGAAUGACAGUUUUUCAGAUCCCAUCGAUCGUCUUUCAAGGAAGGAUACCUAGCCGGCUAGCUUUUAGGCUAUCCUUUACUCGAAGCCUAAUGAUAGGCAUGCCAUUUUAAUGCACUAGCUACUGAACAUGUCAAUUACAUUUUGUUUCAUUCUUUAUACUUGUAGCAACUGGUUGUGUUAUUGUCACUGUUGGUGAUGCAAGUUGUGACUUUAAAUCUGUAUCAUGAAUAGCCUAGACAGUUUAUAAACAUAGCUAGCCUAACGGUUUUAGCUAGCUUAAUGCUAUCUAGGUCUCCCCAUUGCAUUGAAUUAUUUUGUCAAAACGAUUAGCCAGCUACCGUUCUACCGAAGAGAAAUCGCAGCCAAAAUGGAUUCAUUCUUGGACUAUGAAGAAUGCAUCCAGGACUCACCUGCAUUUAGGCUUACCCUGGAUAAGUGUCAAACUGAUGUUGCAGAGCUGCAGAGUCGAGUGGAAAAGGUGAUGAAGCUCUGUGGCAAGAUGGUUGAAUCAGGGCAAGCAUACAACACAGCAAAUCAGCAUUUCCUCGCCGGACUGGCUGAGUUCUCCACGUAUCACAAACGUGACAGCGUCAUCAUGAACUGCAUGAGUCAGUUCAUUCAAGGACUACAGGAGAUGAUCAACUUUCAUACUGUGCUGUUUGACCAGACGCAGAGAGCUAUCACUCAGCAGCUGUCAAACCUUCUCACACAGUUCAUACCCCAGCUAGGAGAGACUAGGAAGGAGUUUGUGCGGAUUGGGGAGGAUCUGGAGACAGCGGCGGUGAAAAAUGCCCAGAUAUACCUCCACAAAGUCACCGAUGCAGAGCGUGCCAGCCAUCUGCUGUUGGCCACACGCAAAUGUCACCAGCACUUUGCCCUUGAUUACUGCUUGCAGUCCAUGUUCUUCUGUUUGGUGCCUAAUAAACAGAACCCAGAGUUAACGGAGUUAAGGCAUUCAUUUUGGUUUCUUCAGCGAUUGCUGAAUAACUUCAAGGCCCAGCAGAAGCUGGACAUCCUAAAUUCUGUGUUCUCCUACUUCCAUGCCCAGUAUACCUUCUUCCACCAAGGCUUUGACUUGCUGAGAGACUUGGAGCCCACUAUGAAGUCCAUGGCCGCACAGCUUGCUCAACUCUCGACUGAAUGUACAGCUAAAAGAAAGGACCUGGAGAAUACCCACCUACUGAUCCAGCAGAGAGAUGCCUCAGGGGAGCCCAUACUACGUUCCUGUCCUGAUGGUGGGGAAACCAUACAGGGCUACCUCUUCAAAAGAUCUCGGAGAAAGAACAAGACAUGGAAGAGAUGCUGGUUCUCCAUUAAAGACAACCAAUUGGUGUACACAAAGUCACACAAGGAGGAGCCUGUGUCGCUGUUUGAUGACCUCAGGCUGUGUGCGGUGAAGUCUCUGGACAGCAUUGACCGCCGCUUCAGUUUUGAGCUGGUUUCUGUUAAAAAAUGCUGUGCCCUUCAGGCUGACUCAGAGGAGCUGAAGCAGGCUUGGAUCAGUGCCGUUCUAGGGAGCAUAGACAUGGCCUACCGCGAGAGAGUGGAGUCCCAGCAGCCUCAGCCCAAAGAAAUCCCUCUGCCCCUCCAGAGCCCCUCAGACCCCCAGCCAGGACAGCCUCCUCAAAGGCCUGCGGCUUUGGUUGUGGCCCUCCAAAGUCCGGGGAACCACCGCUGCUGCGACUGCAGUGAGGAGGAGCCACGCUGGGCCAGCGUCAACCUGGGUAUCACCGUGUGCAUCGAGUGCUCCGGCAUCCACAGGAGCCUUGGGGUCCAUCUUUCCAAAGUGCGAUCUCUCACCCUAGACUCCUGGGAUCCCGAACAGCUGAAGCUGCUGUGUGGUCUGGGUAAUGAUGUCAUCAAUGGGAUAUAUGAGUCCAGGUGUGCAGCAGAGGGCAGAGUAAAGCCUAGUCCUGGCAGCCCUCGCCCAGAGAAAGAGACAUGGAUUAAAGAGAAAUAUGUGGAGAAAAGAUUUGUGAAGGAUGCCAGCUCGCCUGAAACACAGAUUGGGAGGGAGAAUGCAGGACGCCAGUUGUACCGGGCUGCUUUCCAAGGGGACCUGGUCACCAUGGCAUCAGCGUUGGCGCAGGGUGCAGAGGUGAACUGGAGCCAAGCUGAGGAGGAGGGACGCACUGCUCUCAUUGGCUCAACUUUUGGGGGCUCCCUGUCGGCCUGUGAGUUCCUACUGCAGAAUGGAGCCAAUGUAAACUACCGUGACCAGCGCGGUCAAGGUGCCCUUCACACUGCAGCCACCUGGGGCCACACAGGGCAAGUGUGUCUACUUCUAAAAAAGGGAGCCAAUCAGUAUGCAGUUGACGAGAGGGGGCAGGACCCACUCGCCAUUGCCAUAGAGACAGCACAUGCCGAUAUUGUAACCCUACUACGAAUGGCUCGCAUGAAUGAAGAGAUGAGAGACUCCGAGGGAUUCUUUGGAUCUAUGGGUGACGAUGAGACAUUUCAAGACAUCUUCCGUGACUUCAGUGAUAUGGCUUCUCACGAUCCAGAAAGACUCACCCGUCGACAGUUCAGCAGAAGCGGACAAGAGGAGGGACAGGACAAGAGGAUGGUGAAUUACCAGCACAAGGCAGAGAAGGAGGAGGAAGACACAUAGGGAGAAUCUCAAUUGCAUACUCCUCGUGUCCUCUCAUCUUGCCUCUUUCUAAAAACCCAUUGGAGGAAAAGGUCAGACGGGUGGGGACUCUGGCAUUCUCAUCCAAUAGGUUUUGAGAAGGAGGUGAGAGAGCACGCAAGGAUUAUGCAAUAGAGAUUCUCCCAUGUAAAUAAAGAGGAGGAGACCUAGGGUUUGGAAUUCUAAAGGAAAAGGGGUGUUACCACUUUUCAGGUCAAGAAUGGGGAACCCAGGGGUGAAUCCAAUGAGGUGAAACGUUCACAACGUUUAAGGUAGAAAUGACAUGACUCUCAGUUCUACAUAACAAACACUCACACCUCAUCUAUACAAAACAUCUACAGUAUAUCUAAACAUUCUGUAAAGUUGCUCCCGCCUGGUCCUUCAGGGCUGCAGUGUCGGACAGUUGUCAUUGUGCCUCAGCAGUUAAAUAACAAAUCAAAUUCUGACUUGAACAAAGUAAAACAUAUAGAUUUUUUAAACUUGCUUCAGUUUUGAGGCACACUUUUAAAGUUAUUAGAAAAGUUCCCUGAACAGUUUUACAAAGAAAAAGAAAACUUAAACUACUAGGCCUACUGCUACAAGGAAGCAAACGGUCUCAGGAUCUCAAUCCUGUUUAGAACUUAUUAUAUUCAAUGUUACAGAUGCAUAUGAACUGUGUUUGCUCAGUCUGCUGUAAUGCCCAAAAAGGACAUAAAUAAGGAAUAUAAAAGGGUUACAUAUUGAAAUACUAAAGUAUUAUAUUUUUUAUGUAUUGUUAUUAGCCACUCCAAUAUUUCAGAUGUUAUUAGAUGACUUACACUUACUGACUGAACUGCUGCAUGCCAUAGCCUAUACAUGUUGCUAAUUACAGGUCAUCUGAGGGAACAGUUGAUUCUCGCUGAACGUGGGGUGUAUUCACUAGGAACCAAACAGGACGAGACAGGGAGGUACCUACCCAAAUCUGUCCAAUAAAAACUCGUUUUCAUUGCAGAACAUUUUCUGUUGUGAAACAUUUUUGUUACAUUGUGUACUAAUGAUUACACCCCGGUUAAUCUUUCAAUUUGAGUCUGGAUCAAUCCCAUUGAAAGCAAUGGCUCCUUAUAAUAGACUGUUAUUGUUAUGUUUUUUUUGCAGAGGAAUUAAGUGGACCAAAACUGUAAAAUGAGAAUGCAGGGAUUUAGAAUGUAUUAUAAAGCGGGUAGUUUGGGUCCUGGAUUAUAAUUGGCUGAAACAGCAUUUCAGCUGUGUGUAUAUCAGACAAUAUGACGCAGAAAUACUUGUUUACUGUUCUACUUAUGUUGGUAACCAGUUUAUAAUGGCAAUUAGGCAUCUUGGGGGUUUGUGGUAUAUGGCCAAUAUACCACAUCCCCUUGGGCCCUAUUGCUUAAAUAUAGGCCUAUUAUAUAUUAUUUUACUGAGGCACAGUCAGAUAUAAUAAAAUGUGUCUUAAUACUG